UUACCAACACUGCAGUCGCCGCUGCUGGUCGAGGUCGCCCAGGUUGACACCGGCCCCGCCGGCCUGCAGGUCAUCCUGCCCGACAUGGUAUUUGGCAAUAUUGGUUCUUGGGCUGCCCAAUUGAUCACUGAAGCUGGUGGCAAGGUGGUCUCCAUCAGAGAUGUCACAGGGGCUGUCAAGAACUCCAAUGGCAUUGACAUAGCCAAGCUGAUGAAGCACUCGGCAGAGAACCGCGGGAUCAAGGGCUUUGACGGAGGCGACGCCGUCGACCCGACCUUGCUGCUCACGGAAGAGUGCGACGUGCUCAUCCCGGCAGCUCUGGGAGGAGUCAUAAACAAGGACAAUGCUGAUGCCAUCAAAGCAAAGUACAUCAUCGAGGCUGUUAACCACCCAACAGACCCCGAGGCCACGAGGCAAGAACACCAACAUUUUGCCACAAAACUAAGCUGCAUUUGUUGACACAUUCACACAUUG